ACACCGGACACUGCCAGACUCACACACGGCAAACUAUGCAAACGAAUCAGGGACAAGCUGAGCGAAGAUGAUCGAACAAAAGGCUUCAUAUACGUUCUCCAGGAUCCAGGACGCAAGGAAUCUGUCUGGAAAAUCGGGUACACGAAGCGCGUGUACAAUGAACGUAUAGACGAACACAGCAACUGUUGCAAUUUUGAACCAUUUAUUGCCCAUGUGUCAGCUCAAGCGAUUCAAAACUGCAAAUUGCUGGAAAAACUCAUACAUCGCGAUUUAUGUCACAAGGUGAGGUAUCGCUCCUGUCCCAACAAGAUAAAGGGACAUACCGAGUGGUUUGAAGUCUCGGAAGAGGUGGCGGUCCAGACUGUGAAGAAGUGGGAGCGUUUUAUACACGAGGAGAAGCCGUAUGAUUCGCAGGGCAAUCUCAAUGUCGUGUGGAGUUAUGUGCUGGAGAAACGGUCCCCAGCUGCUCUUGGUGUACUCGACAUGUCUCACGACGCUCGACAGGAGCAAUGGGCCGAUAUACUUGCGCCCCCAACGUAUAACGACUACAUCUAUGCCUACCUAGCAUACGCUCGCUCUGAAGUCAAAGCCACCUACGAUUGGGUGUAUAUGUUCUUCUGGCAACUAUCGACAAUACUGUAUAGCUUGCAUACGCUUGCAUUGUGUAGGAAUCGCCCAGCGUUUUAUGCGCUUGUUUUUGUGCUUACAUGCGCUGUGUUGCCGAACUUUCGCCUUCAGUCCACUAAGAAGCAAAAGGUGAGCUCGCCCAACAAA